AUGGAGUCUCAUACAACCACAUGGAAAAUCCACAACAUAAAAAAACAGACAAAAAGAGCGGCCUUGCUGCAAGUGAUAAAAUCGCACCUGGAGCACGAAAACUUCACUCUUUCUUUUAAAGAUAACAAGAGACUGGCCAUUUUAAUAACCCUGGAGGACCAGCUUCCUUCAAUAGUAUUUUGCAACAGACCGCUGGACAUAAGAAAACAGAAAUCAGAAGAAAGAAGCGUUAAAGACAUAGUCACACCGCUGAACGGAAUGACAUACGAAGAGCAGCUGGCCCAUAAAACAGCCAAAGUGUCUGAUUUCUGCUCUUUUCUAAACUGCAGCGAAAUCGAGUCUAUUUCUUCUCCCAUGGAAACAGGCUAUAGAAACAAGUGCGAGUUUACCUUUGGAUUCACAGGAGAGGGCAAACAGGUACUUGGGUUCAGGCCAGCAAAGUUUUCUUCUGCACCUAACCUGAUAGCAGACCCAAUGGAGUGCACUUUCAACACGCCUCCUGAAAUGCUCUCUUUAGUCGAGAAGAUCAACGGCUAUCUAGAUAAGAAUGACGGCCUUGUCUACAACAGAAUAACAAAAAAAGGGCUGCUAAGACUGCUUUGUCUCAGAAGGAUAGGAAAGCACUUUAUAUCCAUUCUGCAGGUAAAUACAGAAACAUUCGAAGAGGCCCUCAACAGCCAGCUUAUCACUGAUUUCAUAAAGAUUUUGUCUGAAGAUGCUUUCAUAACGUGCUCAACAGGCAUAUUCGACGGGCUGCUGAGAACAGCAGAAAUAAAACAGGUGAAGGGAGAGCCCAAAGAGUACGAAGAAGUGCUGAACAACUGCACCUUCAAAGUUUUUCCACUGGGAUUCUUCCAAGUAAAUCUCGGAGUAGCUGAGCUUCUUACGAGAACAAUCCAGAAAAGCAUCCAAACAGAGACGAUACUGGACAUAUGCAGUGGCUCAGGACUGCUGGGGAUAUGCACAGCCAAAGGCACAGAGAAGAAAGUGUUUGGCAUGGAAAUAUCCCAAGAGUCUAUCGAAGACGCCAAGAGAAACGCGCUUAUUAACGAUGUGUCAGCUGAGUACUUCUGCGGAUCUGUGGAGAAAACCCUUCCCCUGGUGCUGGCCAAAGUAAAGGAGACCGCAUCGGCUCUGGUAGAUCCCCCAAGAGCAGGAAUCUCCGAUAAGCUGGUGAAUGAAAUCAUCUCGCAUAAAAACAUAUCGGAGAUCUUCUACAUCAGCUGUUCGUACACCUCUGUGAAAAAUAACUUGCUAAAUAUCUCCAGCAAGUACGCUCUAAAGAAGAUAUAUGUGCUAGACAUGUUCCCAUUCACUGCAGAUGUUGAGUGUAUAUUCCACUUUGUGCGAAAAGAAGAUUAA